UUAUUAGUCCGACAGGCGCUCAUCCCUAGUUUUUACGAUCUUCUUCUUACUACCGCUUGCCAUUCGCCCGGAGUCGUUUGUUUUGGUUAUCAUUUUUAUGCGACAUGGCGACGGAGGUGUCCCAACUGUUGCUGGCGGUGAUCCAGGGCAUCCCAGCCGGCGCCAACAAUGAUGACCUGACCAAGGCGCUGCCCGAUGUCUCGGCUGCCACGCGGGUGGAGGCUUUGAACAUACUGAUUCAGCAGGGCGGCGUGGAGAUCCUGAAGAAGGGCGAGAAGCUGGUGUACCGCGCCAAGGAUCCGGAGAAGAAGAGCGCCUUGCCCAAGGAUGCGGACAACGAGGAGAAGGUGGUCUACGGAAUUGUGGAGGAAGGCGGCAACAAAGGCAAAUGGAUAAGGGACAUACGCAUGAAGUCCAAUCUGAACAUGAUACAGCUCAACAAGAUCUUGAAGAAUCUGGAGACCAAAAAGCUGAUAAAGGCAGUCAAGUCCGUGAACGCCAGCAAAAAGAAGGUUUACAUGCUUUACAACUUGGAACCAGAUCUAUCCAUCACAGGAGGAGCUUGGUACCAGGAUCAGGACUUCGAGGUGGAAUUUGUGGACGUUCUCAAUCAGCAGUGCCUGCGGUUUCUGCAAAUGAAACGAGACAGCGCGGAGAAGAAGCGCGAAGGUCCUUUGGCCUUCAAGCAAAUGUCCUGCUGCACGGUCAAUGAGGUACAGAAGUUCAUCUCGGAUCUGGGCAUCAGCAAAGUUAAUCUGGCGGAGGCCGACCUGGAAACCAUCCUAAAAACCGUGGUGUACGACGGCAAUGCGGAACGGGUGCGUCAGCAGGAUGGAUCCCAUGUCUAUCGGGCUGUCAACUCUCCACUUCCACCCACAGGUCUGGUGCAGAUGCCCUGCGGCAUUUGUCCUGUGAUCAAGAACUGUUCCAAUUGCGGCGAUGUUACUGCUAUAACUUGUGAAUACAUGCGAGAUUGGUUAGAUUAAAAAGGUAUCCAAAAAAA